AUGAGUUCGAGUCCGGUUGAGGUCGCAGUUAAUUGUCAGGGCAGCCUUCUUCUCCUGCCUCAUAUUCUAUUCCCCGUUUGUCAUUUAAUUCUUGUCCUUUCUCCUUCUCCUCCUCCUCCUUUUUCUUCUUCUCCUCUUCCUUCUCCUCCUCCUUUUUCAUCUUCUUCUUCUCCUCGUCCUCCUUCUCCUUCUUCUUCUCCUCCUUUUUAUUCUCCUUCUUCUUCUCCUACUUCUUUUUCUUCUUCUUCUUCUCUUCCUUCUUUUUCUCCUCCUUCUCCUCUUUCUUUUUCUUUUUCUUUUUCUUCUCCUCGUCCUCCUUCUUCUUCUUCUUCUCCUUUUUAUUCUCCUUCUGCUCCUCCUCCUCCUUCUUCUUAUACGUUUUCUUCUACUUCUCCUCCUUCUUCUUCAGCUUCUCCUUCUUCUUCUUCUUCUCUUCCU